AUGUUAUCUAUACAGACAGUGAGUAAGUUGAUUCCGGAAGAGGUGACUGCAGUGUUGAAAUAUAGAACUGAGAAUAAAGGCUGCGUUCUUGCAAACCGACUGACUGAGAAUCCAGAUUGGACGGUUCUCCUCAUCGAAGCUGGCGGAGACGAGAAUGGUGUGUCGGACACUCCAAUAUUCGAGAUGUUGAAUCAUAACUCUCCGAGGGAUUGGAACUACACCACGGUUCUACAGAAAAAGGCAUGUCUGAGUAGAAAUGGAACUUGCGCAUAUCCCAGAGGUCGAGUAAUGGGAGGUUCAAGCACUAUUAAUGGCAUGAUGUAUGUUCGGGGGCACAAAGAAGACUUUGAAGAAUGGAAAAACAAAGGGUUGACAAAUUGGGGCUAUUCAGACGUACUCCCGUAUUUCAUCAAGGCCGAGAACAACACGGAACCAGGACUGGCCCAUUCUAAAUACCACGGCACCACUGGACCGUUCAAUGUACAAUACCCAGAGUACAUCACUCCAUUAAGAGAUGACUACAUUCAAGCAGGAAAAGACUUAGGUUGGGAAAAAAUGGAUUUCAACGAACCAUACAAGACGGGCGUUAUUGAUUACGUACAAUUCGCUAUUGACGGCCCUUCUCGGGAAAGUGCGUCAAAAGCAUAUUUAAAUCCAAUAAGGAAAAGACCUAAUAUUCACAUUAUUAAAAAUACGGUGGUCACUAAAGUCAAUUUAGAUAAUCUAAUAGCUAAAGGAGUUGAGUAUUAUAGAGACAGGAAGAUUUAUCAAGUAGCUGUAGAAAAAGAAGUAAUUCUGUCAGCUGGUGCUAUAGACACGCCAAAGAUUCUUAUGCUGUCAGGCAUUGGUCCAAAAGAUGAAUUAGAAGGAAUUAAUAUCAAAGUUAUGAAAGACUUGCCAGUAGGCAAGAGCAUGACAGAUCACCCUCUGAUUCCAAUUAUUUUCAAGCUAAAUACCACAGAUACUAUAACUACAGAUGUCUGGAAAACUAAUACAAGUAUCUUCGAUUACGCGAAAGAAAGAAGAGGACCAUUGAGUACAACUGGUGGCGAAGCCAUGUCCUUCUUCAACCCAAUAAAUAAAGAAGGAUUACCAACAGUUCAGAUAAUGUGGCACAGCGUCAUCCAAGGAAUAGAAAGUCAAAGAGAAAACCUUAUUAGAGUAGUUACAGCUAAUGUACAUCCGAAAAGUGUUGGAAGCGUGAAACUGCAGAGCAACAACUUCAAAGAUCCUCCGUUGAUCGAUCCGAAUUAUUUCGACGAAGAAAUCGAUUAUCUAAUGGUUGAGAAGGGAAUAGAAACUCUAUUUAAAACAAUGGAAAUGCCGUCGAUGAAGAAGCACUUCCCAGAAAUAUACCACGAAUCGCAGCCAGUUUGCAAGGAAAAAGUGGGUAAAGAUUUUAUCCGGUGUACAAUUGAUCAAUAUUCCCAAACAGUAUACCAUCCUGUGGGUACUGCCAGAAUGGGAGGCGAAGAGGACGAAGAAGCGGUGUGCCAUCAAGAUCUCUCCGUCAGAGGUGUAGAGAAAUUGAGAGUAGUUGAUGCCUCGGCUAUCCCGAUGGUUCCUAGAGCGAACACGCUCGCUCCCACGAUCAUGUUGGCAGAGAAAGCAGCUGACAUUAUUAAAGAACAUUAUGGGUUCAUCUCUAAACAUGAUUCGAAGCCAAAGUAUAACCUUAACAAGGCGUAG